AUGCCUCUAGUUGAUCGAGCACAAUACGAAGUCUUACGUGAUGACGACGUCCCUUACAAUAAUGCAGACACUGCAUACCCUUCAACGGCCGCUCUUCAACUUGAUUCUACGCACAAUCUAGAUUUAUUCUUCUCACAAAUUUACGAAUAUCAUCAGCUGGGCGGUUAUACCGUGAUCGCAACCCGCUAUGCACUGUCUUCGCUAAAGUUUGUCUUCCUCUUUUUUUGCCUGGUUGAAAUCCUUGUGUGCUUGAAGUGGGAUCAAUUGCUGGAUCCGAAGGCGAAUAUUUUUACCUGGGAUGACGUCGCUCUAUCCCCAGCGGUCUGUUGGGCCUCUUUACCCGCGUUUGCCGCGCUCUGUCUCAUUUUGGCGAUAUUCGUCUUUGCCUACCAUUUAGUCCGUUCCUGUAUUACUCUAUCCCAGUUGUGGGGUGUGCGCCGAUUUUGCACAAUAGUCUUGGAUAUGCCUACAAGUGAUUCUGAUUUGGGUGACUUGACUUGGUCCGAGGUGUUACGGCGUGUCUUGGCUGUACAAGUACAGAUGCCCAUCUCCAGAACCAAAGACUGCCUAGAUGAGCUCGACAUCUAUAACCGUAUCCUGCGUCAAACCAACUAUCUUAUCGGCAUGGUUAAUCGGGAAAUCAUUCCCCUGAGAUUUCAUGUUCCUUUUAUCUCCGGUUUUUACGUCUAUUUACCAAACUACUACCUCCUCAACCUCAAAUUGCUUCUUUUUUGGGGUCCAAAAUGUCCAUUCGCGUCCUACUCUCAGUUGCGUAUGGAAUACAAGUAUCUCUCAAAACGUGAAGACCUCUCAAACGAAUUGGCAAAGCAGUCCAGGAUUAUUGGUUUUAUUGGUCUGCUUCUAAGUCCUGUUGCUUUCCUUGUACAAUUUCUACUGUUCCUCUUUUCGAAUGCCCAACGACUGCGAAAUGAGCCAGGCCAGCUGUUUGGUCGCAGUUGGUCAAACUACGCUCGUCUCUACCUGCGUCACUUCAACGAACUCCCUCAUGAAUUUAAUGUUAGAUUAAAUCAGGCCUACCUACCGGCAACGCAGUACUUGGAAUGCUUCCAGUCUCGACUUUUGAACACUGUUGCAUCUCAUUUGGCCUUCACUCUUGGCGGUAUUUCGGUUUCGCUAUUUCUGGCAAGUCUCUUCAGGGAGAAUUUGAUUCAUUUGACUGGCUACUUGGCGGCGAUGGCAAUCGGAGGUCUUAUUGCGAAGGUUUGUGUAAACGUUCUUCCCACCAAUGACACUGCCUACUUUCCCAAGACCAAGUUAAUUUCCACAUUAGCAAGAAUCCAUUAUAUGCCUGAUAGUUGGAAAGAAAAUGCUCACACUUACAAAGUGCGACAUGAGUUUUCGCAACUUUUUCAGUUCCGCAUAGUAGGUGCGCUUGAAGAAAUCCUCUCUCCGUUCCUCACUCCUCUAAUUAUGCUGUUUUGUGUGCCAAAGCGGAGCCUAGAUAUUGUUGACUUUCUGAGGAAUUUUACGGUAGAUUUGGAAGGGGUUGGAGAUAUUUGCAGUUUUGCACAGCUUGAUAUACCACGCCAUGGUGAUCCUGAGUGGUGUCCAAUGGACGAUGUAACUCCACCAUCGCCCUCUUCGAGAGACGCAGACUCAGAGGACGGCAGUAGUGGCGUCCAGAAUUUCCCAGCGAUCGGUGGGAAAACUGAAUUGAGUUUAAUGCACUUCCACCACACCAAUCCUAACUGGAAUCUUCCUCCUGAUAGCAGGGCUUUUCUUGCCGCCGUGAGAAGACAGGCCUUAAAUGAUAUUCAGCGACACCAGCAAGAACAGGCUGAUAUGCUCUGGGGCAUUCAAGCAGCAACGACAGCAUCUCUUUUUGGAUCGCUUUACGCUACGCAUGAUGUUAGAACGACUGCCGUGGCAUCUGCACAACAAACAUCGGAUCAGUUCUAUUCUUCUGACUUUUCAACCCAUCACAUAAAAAAUGUGUCCCACCUUCCAACAACUAAUGAGCAACCGUCUUUCGGUUUGUCGGGGGCAUUGCUCGAGUCGGUGAUGAAGGCCAAUCCAGAGACUUCAAAUACCGGAACUGAGACCCCAGGAGAACUUUCUCCGCCGGGUUUGCCUUCUCGAACAGAAAGGCCAGGAAACUCCAGGACUCCUACUGCUGCCUCACUGCCGGCUGCUCCUGUCCCAUUAGCACUUCCUCUUUUCGGAAUGAACCCUUCAGUCAUGGCCACCUCAGGACUGUGCUACUCCCAACAGAUCCCUUACCAGCCCUACACCUCUCAAAUGGAUGAUAAGAUUGGCAUGAAUGUCAGUUACAUGAGUCCCAGCGUUGCUGGAAGCUUGUCGUACGGUGAUCUGACCACAGAUAUGAAUAUUAGCUCCCUUUAUAUCCAUGAGUUGCACCAAAGACGCCGUAACCAGCACCGGUUAUCUCAUACUUCCCUCAUUAUACCUCCACCCGGUUCUUCAACACUACGCCAGCUGUCCCUUAACACAGAGGGUUUUCAGGAUGAAAUACGAUACCAGCAACCUGGCCAUCGCUACCUGGGAGCUGCUGGACGAGGAAGGUCUCAUGCAAGCGGCCCCUCCGUUUCUGGCGGUCUGAGAUCUGCUAGACAGUUUGUGGAAGUUGUGGAAGAAGAGGCAGAUGGGGAGGAAGAGGCGAUGCCACAACAGCAGACAGCAUCUACUACGUCAUCCACAGAGACCCGAACUGGUACCUCACCAAAUAUUAUAAAUGACGGGGUACAAAAAUGGCCUAAUUUACCGCCCCCUACCUGUUAG